AUGCCCGCCCGCGUCACUCCGCGGGCGGAGGACGCACGUCGGGGCGCGGCUCCCUGGCUUGCGCGCUGCUCGGGCUCUGUCACUCGCGCCCUGCCGAAGACCCUGCGCGCCCCAGCGCCUGCCUGGCGGCGGCAGCAACAACCAUGCACGGAACCACCCGCGCUCCGGCCGCCAGCGUCAGUGCCGAUUGCUGCAUCCCAGCCGGCUUGCGCCUCGGGCCGGUGCCCGGCACCUUUAAACUGGGCAAGUACCUGUCAGACCGCAGGGAGCCUGGGCCCAAGAAAAAGGUGCGCAUGGUGAGAGGGGAGCUGGUGGACGAGUCGGGGGGCUCCCCUCUGGAGUGGAUAGGGUUAAUCCGGGCAGCCAGGAACCCCCAGGAACAGACUCUGGAAGCCGUGGCAGACUUACCCGGAGGACAGAUCUUCUACCGAGCAUUGCGAGAUGUCCAGCCCGGGGAAGAACUGACUGUGUGGUAUUCCAACUCCUUGGCUCAGUGGUUCGACAUCCCCACUACCGCGACCCCAACGCACGACGAGAAAGGGGAGGAGCGCUACAUUUGCUGGUACUGCUGGAGGACUUUUAGAUACCCCAACAGCCUCAAGGCACACCUGCGUUUCCACUGCGUGCUCAGCGGCGGAGGGGGCCGCGCCUUCCUGCAUCACGAGCACGCGGCUCGCCCAGGAGCUGCCCCGGGGGCCGAUGGCCUUGGCCUCUCGCUCAAACCCUCGGUGCCCGACUUCGCCGCGCCCGCACCCGCGCCCGCAGGCUCUUUGAGGCCCCACCCGCAGGCCCCGCCGCCCUCUCAGGGCUGCGGGACGCGGGAGAGCAUCAAGCGUGAGGCCUCCUCUGCGCCCUCGGCCACCUCCCCACCCCCGGGCAAGUGGGGACUGCCCAAGAAGGGCAAGGAGCAGCCGGACCGUGCCCUGGACAUGAGCGGGGCCGCCCGAGGACACGGCCACUUUCUGGGCAUCGUGGGCGGCUCCCCAGCGGGGGGCGGGGGGCUGGCCUUCUACCCCGGCGCGCGCUCGGCUUUCAAGCCCGCGGGCUUAGCCAGGGCGGCCACAGCCGCGCACGGCGACCUCUACAGAGAGGAGGGCGGCGGCAAGCAGGGAGCCGGCCUAGCCUUGGGCAGGUUGCUGGGUGGGGGCCGGACAGGCGGGCGCCCCGGGAGCGGGGAGAACCCGGCGGCGGGCGGCGCGGGCCACCACCAUCACCACCACGCGCAUCACCACCACCACCACCCCAAGUGCCUUCUCUCCGGGGACCCGCCGCCGCCGCCGCCCCCACCGCCGCCGCCCCCUGGCCUGCCCUGCUCCGGGGCCCUGCGCGGAUUCCCUUUGCUCCCGGGCCCUCCAGAAGAGGCGUCGGCCUUCAAGCACGUGGAGCGCGCCCCGCCCGCCACCGCCGCAGCACUAGCCGGAGCGCGGUACGCGCAGCUACCCCCAACGCCAGGGCUGCCCCUAGAGCGGUGCUCUCUGCCGCCGCUCGAAGCCGGGGGGCUCAAGGCCUAUCCUGGUGGCGAGUUCGGCCAUCUGCCCGCGGUCAUGCCGGCUUUUACUGUCUACAACGGGGAGCUGCUCUAUAGCUCGCCGGCUGCCGCCGCUUAUUACCCGCUCAAACUGCACUUUGGCGGGCUGCUCAAAUACCCGGAGUCCAUCUCCUACUUCAGUGGGCCCGCGGCUGCGGCGGCCGCGGCUGCGGCUGCAGCGGCCGCCCUAAGCCCUGCAGAGUUAGGCUCCCUGGCCAGCAUCGACCGUGAGAUCGCCAUGCACACGCAGCAGCUGUCGGAGAUGGCGGCUGGGAAGGGCCGCGGCCGCCUGGACUCGGGGACGCUGCCACCGGCCGUCGCGGCGGCAGGUGGCGCUGGGGGCGGCGGCGGAGGCUGCAGCGCCGGCAAACCCAAGACGGGCCACCUGUGCCUCUACUGCGGCAAGCUGUAUUCGCGCAAAUACGGGCUCAAGAUCCACAUGCGGACACACACGGGCUACAAGCCACUCAAGUGCAAAGUGUGCCUGCGGCCCUUUGGAGACCCCAGCAAUCUCAACAAGCACAUCCGGCUGCACGCCGAGGGCAACACGCCCUACCGCUGCGAGUACUGCGGCAAGGUGCUAGUGCGCCGGCGGGACCUGGAGCGCCACGUGAAGUCGCGCCAUCCAGGCCAGAGCCUGCUUGCCAAGGCGGGAGACGGCCCGGGCGCCGAGCCCGGCUACCCCCCGGAGCCUGGGGAUCCCAAGAGCGAAGACAGUGACGUAGACGUCUGUUUCACGGACGACCAGAGCGACCCCGAGGCCGGGGGCGGCUGCGAGCGAGACUCCUAA